GCGACUCGGAUGAGACGCCGCAUCGGACGGCCCGGUGGCAUAUCCGACCCGGCCAAAUCCGCCCCGAGAGUCCAUCCUCCGUUCACAUUCAUCGGGCAUCCAAAACAUCUCCAUCAUUUAUAACCAAAAGGCCGGCUGUCUUGGGUGCGGCAACUCUCGUUAGACGACAUUCUGUUGCCAAGGCACGAUCCAAAAUGGGCAAGAUCGCCACGAUUGAGUAUUUCCGCGUACCCCCGCGUUGGUUGUUUGUCAAAAUCACCGACGACGCUGGGAACGUGGGCUGGGGAGAGGCUUCGUUAGAGGGCCACACACAGGCUGUCGAAGGAUGUCUAGAUGCCUGGAUCGCCCAGUACACGGGCAUGGAGGCCAAUGACAUUGAGCAAAUAUGGCAAAAGUCCUGGCGCAUGGGCUUCUACAGAGGCGGGCCCGUGUUUAUGAGCGCCCUGGCUGGAAUUGACAUCGCGCUUUGGGAUCUCAAAGCUAGAAAGCUCGGCGUGCCAAUCUACGAACUACUGGGUGGCAAGGUCCGAGACACGCUCAAGGUGUAUGCAUGGAUCGGUGGUGAUCGGCCUGCAGAUAUUGAGGCUCAAGCACUCUCGCGCAAGGCCCAAGGCUUCACUGCCGUCAAGAUGAACGGCACUGAAGACCUCGGCUGGCUUGACUCGCCAUCCGCACUCGAUGAUUGUAUCGAGCGAGUCAAAAUCGUAAAGGCCGCUGGCAUGGACGCCGGCGUUGACUUCCACGGCCGCGUGCACAAGCCCAUGGCCAAGCAGCUUGCGGCUCUGCUCGCGCCUCACCGGCCCAUGUUCAUUGAAGAGCCCCUGCUUUCGGAGCACCUCGAGGGAAUCAAGGCCUUCGCACAGGCCGUUACAUCGCCGAUUGCCCUGGGUGAGCGGCUGCAUAGCCGGUGGGACGUUAAGCCGUUCCUCGAAGCGGCGUGUGUCGACAUUCUGCAGCCGGACAUUUCGCACGUGGGCGGCAUCUCGGAAAUGAGGCGCAUCGCGGCCAUGGCAGAGGCAUACGACGUCGCUCUUGCGCCGCAUUGCCCACUGGGGCCUAUUGCCCUGGCAGCUAACAUCCAGGUCGACGCGGCGACGCCCAACUUUGCGAUCCAGGAGAUGAGUCUCGGCAUCCACUACAACACGGGCGGCCACGACUUGCUGUCCUACAUCACGAACCCCGAGAUCUGGGACGUCAAGGACGGUUACAUCAAGCUCAUGACGGGGCCCGGACUGGGAAUCGACGUUGAUGAGGCCAAGAUCCGCGAGCUCAGCAAGAACGCGGAGCCGUGGGUGAGUCCGGGGUUCGUCGGGCCAGGGGGAGAGUGGCGAGAAUGGUAGAGGAUGUCACACACCAAACGAUCACUCUACUUCAAUCUACCCUAGACUAGACUAGACUGGACUAGACUCUAAAGAAAUAAACUCGUACAAGCGAU